ACUGCGAUUGGCUUGCACCAAUUGAUAUGAUACGCAGUCCAAAGAAAUCUCUCGUUAGACCUUUAUAGCAAACCUCGAAUUGGGUGAGAGUUUAACUAAGAUCAGGUCAAUUUCAAACACAAGUCAUGGAUAUUCCGGAGGGUGUACUUAUUGGCUUUGGCAAUCCAUUGCUGGAUAUAACCACGACCAUUGAGGAAACUGUUUUACUGGAGAAGUACGAUUUGCCCGAAAAUGCAGCGAUUAUUGCGGAGGAGAGGCACCUUCAGCUCUUCGAGGAGCUGACCAACAUGGAGAAUGUGACAUACUCAGCUGGUGGUGCUUGUCAAAACUCCAUGCGAAUUUUUCAGUGGAUUGUGGAAAAGCCAUAUUGUGCGUAUUUCGUUGGGGCCGUUGGCAAGGAUAAGUUUGGAGAGACCAUUGGCAAAAGAGCAAUGGCCGAUGGGGUUCAAACUCUCUACCAGCAAAGAGAAGAAGCUCCGACGGGCACUUGUGCCAUCAUAUUGAGAGGUAAACAUCGUUCGCUGGUAGCCAACUUGGGUGCAGCAGCUUAUUUCUCAGACGAUUGGCUCUUCGACGAUGCAAAUCUGUGCCUUGUGGAGCGUGCACAAUAUAUAUAUGCAACGGGAUUUUUUAUAGCAGUGAACGCUUCGACCGUUCUGAGUGUGGCAAAAAUGUCCUCUGAGAAUAACCAAACAUUUGUGCUCAAUUUCAGCGCCGUUUUUGUACUGCAAACGCACAAACCACAACUGGACGAGAUUUUGCCCUACACAGAUAUGAUAAUUGGUAAUAAACAAGAGGCCUUGGCAUUUGCCGACACUCAUGAUUGGAAUACCACCGAUAUAUUUGAGAUCGGUAAACGACUUCAAGCCCUGCCCAAGGAUAAUGUACGUCCUCGCAUUGUCAUGAUCACGGACGCUGUCUGUCCGGUGCUAUGUUUUCAAGACAACGAUAAGAUACUGGAGUAUCCGGUGCCCAAGAUCGAUAAGAGUGUCAUCGUGGACACCAAUGGCUGUGGGGAUGCUUUUGUCGGUGGCUUUCUCUCCCAAUUAGUACAGCAUAUGCCCCUCGACUACUGCAUCCGAACGGGAAUCUUUGCCUCCCAGCAGGUACUGCGCAUUGUCGGUGUGCAAAUCAAUAAGCUGCCUAGGUUCAAAGAAUGUUGCAUUUGAAUAGACGAUGGAAAUAAAAUUUAAAUCAAAUUCAAA